AUGGCCAGACAGAAAGGACAAUCUAUGUCAGAACUAAAACUCCGACGAUUAUUGGAGUUCAACCAGAGACUGCGGGAAGAUUUGGAUAGACCCCGUGUGAGAGUAAGCGAGGCUAGUCAGAAGACUGAAUGCUUUCAGUGCGGUGAACAGUCAUCUGAUGUGGAACGCAAAGCAAAACCGGGAGAUUGGGCAUGUCCCGAGUGUAAAUUUUAUAACUUUGCUGAUCGACAGGAAUGUUACAAGUGUAGGCAACCGAAAGGUGAUGUUGCUGUAGCAGAAGCUGGGGACGGGGGUAAUGAUAGAACGGAUCGAGAUAGUGAUAGAAUUGAUCGAGAUAGUGAUAGACUUGAUCGAGAUAGUGAAAGAAUUGAUCAAGAUAGCGAUAGAAUGGAUCGAGAUAGCGAUAGGAUGGAUCGAGGUGGUUAUAGGAUGAGUAGAGGUCGAGACAGAAUGGAUCGAGGUGGCGAUUGGAUGGAUCGAGGUGGAAGCAGGAUGGGUCGAGGUGGAAAGAUGGAUCGAGGUGGAAGCAGGAUGGGCCGAGGUGAUAGAAUGGACCGAGGUGAUAGAAUGGACCGAGGUGGUGAUAGGGGUCGAAGUUCAGAGAGGCGUUUUUAG